CUCAAUUUUCUCAAAGUGACAAAAUUUACCGCUCUUACUGUAGCUUCAUGAAAAGGCGUUUCAAUUUCAAGUGACAAUACAGUCUUAUGGGUAAUACGUUUAGCAUAGUGAACAGCUACAAGACACUCGAUGUAGCUACACUACAAGAAACAGGAUUUGAUAAGUUAUGUGAAGUAUCAAGUAGUAUUCGAUAUGGAAGCAUUGAAUAUGUCUCAAACGAAUCGUGUGGUAAAGCAUUCAACUUGUUAUUACCAACCAAUGUCAAUAGACAAGAUGAAUUAGAAGAAGAUUCAGAUGGAUGGUUAACCAAAAGACAUGAGUUGACGGCAAGUGUGGUUGUGUGUUUAUGUAACCAUAGUAAAGUGAUGGGAUUGGAUAUUGAUACAAGUGGAUAUACCGACAGUAGUCCUGUUUUUGCAGAUGUGGAAGGUUAUCGUGUCUCUGAUAUGACUUGGCAGCCUAUUGUCCCUCAAAUUCGAAUCAAAGCAGAUACACACAACUAUAUUUCAGUCACACAUCGAGAUACUUUCUCAAGCAUUCGACUCAAUGUUGCUCCUGGGGGUGGUGUGGCGCGUUUUCGUGUAUAUGGAGAGAUUGAUGCUGAUUGGUCAGACGAUACAGAACCAUUCAACCUUGCUUCGGAUUUAUUAGGCGCACGUAUCGUUCGAUGGACAGACAGUCGAUAUGCCAACAAACCCAACAUCUUACUUGAUCAUGGAACAAGAACAAAGGAUGGUUGGUUGACUCCUCGGUCCUGUUUAGAAAAAGAACGCAAUGACUUUGUGAUCAUUCAGUUAGGUACACCAGGUACACUGAGUUCGAUUGUGAUAGACACCCAUGGAUUUGAACACCAUACUCCUCAAUAUGUAUUUAUUCAAGGGUGUUAUACACAAGACACAGAUCCUCAUUAUGACAGUUUUGCUCAAUGGAUUAAUUUGGUGCCUAAAAGUGCUGUGCUGGCAGGAGAUGAUACAUCAUUCAAGAUACAUACUGAGACUGCUAUUUCGCAUAUUCGUCUCUAUUUGAUUCCUGAUGGAGGUAUUCAACAAAUCAAAGUAUUCGGAUAUCCUGCCAAGAUGGGGAAACGCCAAUUAUUGCUAGAACAAGCACCACAAUCCAAAGCGAUUGAGUUACCACUAUGUACUGAAGAAGAACAAGUGAUUGUCGAAACAAAACAAGAAGAUGAUGACUCUCUUCUUAUCUCUAAAUUAAAGGCAGACACGCAUAAAAGAAAGUACCAAAAAAUAAAAUAAUAGCAGUCCCGUUUC